AUGACUGGGGGUGCGACCCCUCCGUAUGAGAGGGCCAAGUCAUAUCACGAUGAGGGUGUUCCCGUAGCACAGAUCAGCCAAGAUGUUGAGAUUCAUGUCGCCGGAUCCAGUCCCGAAUCGAGUUAUCUCUUAUUCUUCCAAGUUGUCUUUCCGUUUUCCAUAGCCGGAAUAGGCAUGGUUUGCGCUGGAGUAGUGCUUGAUAUUGUACAACACUGGAAACUGUUCAAAGAAGUCCCGGAAAUCUUCAUCUUAGUUCCUGCACUUCUAGGGUUAAAGGGGAAUUUGGAGAUGACGUUAGCUAGUCGACUGUCUACCUUGGCAAAUCUAGGUCACCUAGAUAACUCAACUCAAAGGAAGGAGGUUAUCUUGUCGAAUUUGGCUCUGAUACAAGUGCAAGCAACAGUUAUUGCAUUCCUUGCUUCAGCUUUUGCUAUGAUUCUAGCUUGGAUACCACGUGGGCAGUUCGAUUGGUCCCACGCUGCUCUCUUAUGCGCAUCUUCCUUGGCAACCGCUUGCUGCGCUUCGCUCAUCCUCAGUAUGCUCAUGGCCAUGGUAGUCAUAUUUUCUAGGAAGUACAACAUUAAUCCGGAUAACGUAGCGACUCCCAUUGCUGCUUCGUUAGGUGAUCUGACAACGCUUGCGGUGCUUUCUGUGGUUGGUACCAUAUUUUUGGAUGCACAUCUUACGGAGUCAUGGUUGAAUAUCGCCGUUAUACUCAUCGUAUUGCUGAUCGCUCCUUUUUGGGUUCGUAUAGCAUUGCGCGAUGAGGGAGCAAAGGAGGUAAAUUAUUAUUAUUAUGAUCUCUUCAUCUUAAAGGCAUUGUCCAGGCUCAUUGGAGGGUAAUG